GAUGACAACAUGUAUUCCCAGGUGCUGAACUUUGAUGCUGAGAUGGUUUUCUGGAGCUUUUUACUGUCACUCUUUCUCUGGCUCAGAGUGUCAUCUGCUAAUGCUGGGGAAUGGAGCGCUAAAAUGCCAGAAUCAGUGGUGGGUUUGUCUGGAUCAUGUGUGCUGAUUCCCUGUACGUUCAGCUACCCUGCAAAUGAAAAAACAUACACAGAAUUUACAGGAAUUUGGUACAAAGGAAAUGAAAAAUCAACAGUAUACCAUACAGACACCUCAAAAAUCAUCGACUCAUUCAAAGGUCGCACUCUCAUUGGUGAUUUGCGCAAAAAUGACUGUUCUUUGAAAAUCAGCUCUCUGAGCAGCAGUGAUGCUGGGCCAUUCAUGUUCCGGAUUGAGAUUAAAGAUCUGAACAAGUACACGUAUAAAAAGAAAGAAGAAAUAGUUUCUAUAACAGUGAAAGAAACACCAGAGAAUCCUACCGUCUCUGUGGAAGAGGAAGUGACAUCAGGGAAACCGGUGACUGCUACCUGUGCCGUGUCUCAUUCCUGUCCGUCAGACCUGCCUCGUGUCUCCUGGAGCCAUGAUGGCUCACAUUCAAGUCCAUCACAGCCACAAAAUCAUGGUCAAUGGAAGCUUACAUCUUACAGCCUGACCUUCACUCCUUCUAGAGAAGACCACAAUAAACGCCUCAGCUGCUCUGCAGAGUUUAAAGGGAAGACAGUGACAGGCUACAAAACACUCAAAGUUAAAUAUCCUCCAUAUAAUGUAAACGUGGUCACUAAAUCCUCAGUGAAGGAGAAUGACUCUGUGGAACUGACCUGCUCCAGUAACAGCAAUCCUCCUGCAAACAGCUUCCAGUGGUUCAGCUCAAAUGGGAAGAGGUUAGCAGAGAACCCCACUUACAAACUGGAGAGAGUAUCUCGACAUACUGAGGCCAUUUCCUGUACAGCCAUUAACACAGAGGGAAAAAACAGUUCUGGUCCACAGAAAAUUAACGUGCUGUAUCCUCCAUAUAAUGUAAACGUGGUCACUAAAUCCUCAGUGAAGGAGAAUGACUCUGUGGAACUGACCUGCUCCAGUAACAGCAAUCCUCCUGCAAACAGCUUCCAGUGGUUCAGCUCAAAUGGGAAGAGGUUAGCAGAGAACCCCACUUACAAACUGGAGAGAGUAUCUCGACAUACUGAGGCCAUUUCCUGUACAGCCAUUAACACAGAGGGAAAAAACAGUUCUGGUCCACAGAAACUUAAUAUAUUGUAUCCUCCUGAGAUUAAAAGUGAAUCUUCUUGCCAGUCUAAGAUUUUGACGGCGUGUGUCUGUAUUGUGGACUCCAACCCUCCCAGUGAAGUCAAGUGGUUUGGUCCAGAUUCCUCGAAAGCCUCCUCCAGCACCAGCAUUAAACAAAAUGAGUCUCUUACCAUAUUCACCUUACAGGGUUGGCUGGGUUUCCCUGAGACUAUCCAGUGCAUUGCCAAUAACAGUCUGGGAAGCUCUUUCAUAACUUUGGAAGCACCUCAAAAUGGCAUAAUAAUAUACAUUGCUGUUGCAUCAGCUGUUGUAGUUGUUUUAGCCUGCAUUUUAGUGUAUGUUGUGGCAAGACGCUGUGGGAAGAGAGCUGCACAACUACGUGUAAUAAAGAAUGAGCAGAAUGAAAUGAAGAUAACCCAAAACAAGUCUGAUUUAGAAAAGUAUAUAUAUAUAUAUAUAUAUAUAUUAUAA